AUGGCUGAUCCCACGAUUCAAAGCUUUUGCUGCCAUCAUCGAAAUCAUUCCGACUUUGCAUUCCGUCUCAUGAAUGAGUUUCAUCGUGAGCCUUAUUUGAUAAUUUCAAUGAUUUCGUCUAGUAUCGGCAUGCUUGGAUCAAUUUACCAGAUUUUUAUAAGAAAAGAAGAAAUUGUUGAAAGUCCACGACGAUCCAUGGGUAGGAAGAUCAUCGUUGCACUCGCAUAUUCGGAUCUUCUUGCAUCACUUGGAAUUUUCAUAAGAUCAGCUUUGUGGUGUUUUAUGAAAGAAAUUAUGCCACUUGAUGAUGACUCAGUCAGUGUAAUCUUUUGUUCCGUGACUUCAGCUAUGAUUCAAGUUUUUUACACUGCAACAUGGUUGUGGACGCUGAUUUAUGCUUACAACAUGAAACGUUCUUUGACAAAUCAAUCAAUGAGAGAGAAAAAUUUUCAUGUUUUUGUUUGGUCAAUUUCUAUUCUAUUCACUGCCAUUGGAACUUCGAGUUUGUAUUUUCCUGAUGCUGACUGCCAUGAUAUUCACGAUUUGGGAACUGCAUUACUUCGAGUUAUGCCUAACUACUUACUAAAUUACGGAACCAUUCUAGUGGUUAUGAUUGUAAAUCCGAUACUCUAUAUAAAGUGUAGUAAAGAAGUUGACCGACAACUUAUUCAACGUUAUGGUGAAUACACAAACAAUGAAAGACAAAUUCACGAUAUGUUUAAGAUAAAAUUUUCAUUGAUUAACCUAAUUUUCUAUAUUUGCUGGUUGCCUAACAUUGUCAAUGCUAUUCUCAUGUGGACAAUGUGGUUUCAUUUACCAGCUAAAGUAAUUGUGAUCACUUGGUACAUUAUGGCAGUCUUAAAUCCACUCCAAGCAUUUUUUAAUGUUCUCGUUUACCGAAAGUGGAAUAACAAAAUUCAAUUCUUUUGUUCCUUCAAAGAAUAUCUCAUUAGGAAGUUUAGGAAUGAAAACAUUGUAGAUGCCCAUUCAUCAUCGCAAGAUGAAAUAUCUCCUUUACUGCACAAUAAUCCAAUUUCUUCUACUUACACAUUUUCAAGAAACAAUUCGCAACGAAAUGCUGAUGAUAAUUUUCGGCGAUUCUCAAUACAAUGCCCCUGUGUAUGA